AUGGACAUCAAUAUAAACAAGUUUUUAGAAAAUAUCGAUGCAUUGAUCACGACAUCAAACCCUGAUGAGGUAAGUCCUAAAAAGAUCAGAAAGUGCCUUGAGGCAUUAUAUGGGAUUGAUUUGAAUUCAAGGAGGAAAGAAUUAAAUAAAUUAGUUAUCAACAGAUUCAAUGAACUUACAGAUCAUCCCAAAGUUCUAAUACCGUUACAUGAAUGGGAAAAUAUACAUAAAGAGAUAGAACAAUUGAGACAUGAGGUUUCUAGUAAGGACAAAGUAUUAAGAAUAAAUAAAAAUACAAGCAAUGGUAAACAUAAAUCAAGUGACAGAAAAGUUACUAAAUCAAAUAAGUCGAAGAAACGAAAGAAGAAAGGAUCAAGUACAAAUGAUAUUGCUGUUAGAGAAGAUGGAACUAAGAAACGUGGUAUCUGUUGGGAAGAUUUAGGAUUGAGUGAUGAAUUGAAGCACAUAAUUGGAGAUCAACCUAGACCUAGAACACAGGUAGUGAAAGAUAUCUGGUCAUAUAUUAAAGAACAUAAUUUGCAAGACCCAGAUAAUAAGAAAGAGAUUAUAUGUGAUGAUAAAUUACGGCCGAUCUUCGGUGAUAAAAUUAGUAUGUUCAAAAUGCAUGGGAAAUUAUCUAAACAUUUAACUAAGAUGGAGGAUAAUCAUUUUGAAGAUGAUGGAAAUAUUAGCGAGGAAAAAUAA